CCCUUUAUAUUGAAUUUUAGGAUAAAAAUUCAAAGAAUUCAAUGCAAUAGGAAUUCAACGAUAUCUGCACCGCUUGUUGAGCACAUUCUUCGGCAGCAGUUCGACCUAUUUGAUGUCAGUCACCAAGAAAAUUCGAUAAAGACGAACAAUCAAAGAUUGAAACUACAUGCAACCAAAACAAAAGCUGACAUACUGCUGAAUGAUUUACCUUCAAAUCAGAAAAGAUCCGAUGAACUUGCUCAAGAAAAUGUGCAUCCAGUUUGUUGACUGUACUUCCUUUAGUCGAACAGGGGUUCUUCCUCAAUAAAUCUGCUUUUCAAGAUGCAAUUCAUCUCAGGAAUAGAUGGCGUCUUCAACGUCUGAGUGAGCGCUGUUCUUGUGCUGCUUCCUUUACUGUUGAUCUUUCUGUGAAUUGCCAUAAAGGUGGAUUUAUCUCAAUGCGACACAAUGAAGUUCAAGACUUCUUUGGACAAUUAUUGGAUGAAAUCAGGUAUGAUGUCUUGAGCUCACUGUACAGCCUUUGACCUGAGAAACUAUGUCUGGUUGCUCCUCUAUCAAAGAAGACGAGGCAUGAUUAGACAUAGUAGCCUUUGGAGUAGGAGGUGGAUGGUUUGAAAAAACUUUCUUUGAUGUUCUUUUAUUCAACCCAAACUCUCUAACAUACCAGUCAUUGUCACUAGAAUCAUGCUAACGACGACAUGAGCAAGAGAAGUGACGCAAGGAUGAACAACGAGUCACAAGAAUAGAACAUGCCUCCUUUACUCCAUUUGUUUUAUGUUGUACUGGAGGAAGAAGUAAAACCAUAAAUGUCUACUUUCUUGAAGAGACUUACUUCGUUGCUGGUUGGCAAAAGAGACACAUCUUAUGGGUCUUCUAUUCACUGCAUCAGAUGUCUAUUUGGCUUCUCACUUAUCAGAGCAGCAGUUACCUGUCUUAGACGAUGUUGUGCAAGACAAUUCAGCAACAGCAUCAAGGGUAGCAUUGCAGUAGCUAUUGCUGAGGGCUGCUUGUCGGUCUCUUAAGUAGCAGUAGUAAAUACGCAAUGUCUUUCAGUAGUAAGAAUUUGAUUGCUGCUUUAAUUGUUAGCUGUACAUUGCUGUCAACAUAUACUUAACUUAGUGCUGUAUUUUUCAAAUACACCAUGUCUUCCAGUAUGUGUGUGUGUGUGUGUGUGUGUGUGUGUGUGUGUGUGUGUGUGUUUGUGUGUGUGUGUGUGUGUGUGUGUGUGUGUUUGUGUGUGUGUGUGUGUGUGUGUGUUUUUGGGUGUGUGCAUGUCUAGAAUAUACAGUUGAAGUUUAUUAUUGUAAGCGUGUGUUCUACUAUCGUACCAUUCGAAUGACUGUUUUCUUAUUUAAUUUCAAUAAUCUGGUCAUCAAACGAAAUGAUAUUGUUGUAGCUUCAACUCCUUCUGUUGUUGACCGUUUGGGUCCUGAAGGAAAAGCUGAUUUUGAUCAAGAAUGCAAAAAAGGCAAAGUGCCAGGCAACACGGUGUUCAUUGACUGUAUGGGGGAGGAAGAUGCGGGCAAGUCAUGCCUGGAAGCUUCAAUGACAGACAAACCAUUUGUUGAAGUUCGGGAGAGCACGGAGGGAGUGAAGGUGAAGAUGAUGAUCUCACAAGCAAUUGGACAUGGCACCGACUGGAAGGAAUUGAAAAGUGAAGAGGAGAGACAAGCGCAUCUCAGCAAGCUGUUUGCAAGAGAAUUUGUUGUUUAUGACAAGGAACAACAGUCCAGCACAGCAAAACGAGACGAGCAAGAGCAGAGCCCACAAGCAAGUUCUACAGAAUCUGAUUUGAAGGCAAACGUGAAUGCAAAAGCAAGCGGUUUGAAGUCAACGUAUGCUGAAGCUAGGAGUCAUCCAGUAGGAUACAAGGAUUUCAAACUUGCUAAAGAAAUUGAUCGAAAUGUACAUGUGGCCAUUAAUCUCAUAGAGAAGAAUAAGGAGGAGAUGCGCAAUGUUCAAGAAAUGAUCAAUGUGACGAUGAUGGACAGAGAAGAUCAAGAUCUAUUCCUCUCCACACAUGCUGCACUUAUGGCUGAUAAUGAGUAUCAAUGUACAGCUUGUUUUGUGGUUAUCGAUGGUUCCAAGCCACUAGAUGAGAAGGUGACCACAUCCAAGUUUCGUCUUGCAGAUGGAACUUUUAUUGAGAAACCACGAGAUGUUGCUACCACAAGAGCCGAUGUCAUACGCCACUGCUUCUCUGCCCUCUCUGCUGCCUUUCCUGCUGGCAGAAGACGCAAUAAAUUUUUUGGCAAGGGGCGUGUCAAAAGGGCACCAGCAACAUUCAUGUUUGCUUCUAGAAAAGAUAAAGCAAAAACUAAAAGUUUUAUGGCAAGACAGGAGCAAAUUGUGCAAGAAAUCAUCGCUGAAGAGAAUUUUGGUGAUCACAUUGUGCCCUUUAGUGAUGAUCAGGUGCUGUUCCAUGUUGACAACACAAAGUCAGGAACAGGCAAUCCCGAUCCAACGAUCGUCCUCGUCAAGAAAAUGAUCGUUGAAAUGGCUCGUGAAUACUGGGAUGAAGAAGAGAAGAUUGCAUUACCAUGGGCCAUGCUAGAUAAGGGUCUGGGUCUGUUGAGAACGAGAAAGCACAAAGUUCUUGAUCUACAGGACGUCUGCCAAUUAGCUGCAAGUGUGUGUGAUAUCUCAUUAGAUGAGGAAUGCAGACAAGCACUGCGAUAUCUUCGCAGCCAUGGAAGCAUUGCAUUCUAUCACAGUGUUGUCGGGCUCAAUAAGAAGGUGCUUCCCUACAUUCAGUUGGUUGCUGAUGUGUUCGCCAUUUUUGUCACAGUCGUGGAUCAAGCAAGAAGUCUUCCUGAGACGUGGAAUGAUGUCAAGAAGCUUCACCAAGAAGGGAUUAUGUCAUGGAAUCUUGCCAAGUUUCUGAUGAAGAAGGCAGGAGUAGAAGAAGCAAACUAUGCUGUCAUCCUUAUUCUUCUGCAGCUGUUUAAUAUCAUUUCAGGAGCAUACUUGGCCUCUCGUUCAAUUGCUCCAGAUGUCAACGUCCAACAAGGUCAGAACUUUUUGGUCCCAUCUAUGGUCACCAAAGAAAUUAUCAAGACCCCCGUUGCCUACCAAUCAGCAUUGUGCUCUUGUACAUCUUCUCCAUCUUUGUUCUUUAUUCCCAGAGGUUUCAAUGCUUUUCUCAAGCCUCUAUUUUACCGUCUUGUGACCCGCAUGGUCAGCAAGCACACAAAAAGCCCACAGCUUAGCAGAAACCAGGUGAUACUUCAUCUUCACAAGGAUGUGGAUCUGGAGUUGGUCUACACUGUGAAGGCUGUCAUUGCUACCGUCUACUGUCCAUCGAUUCGCAGAAAACUACCUGCAUAUGAAGAGCUUUGUCCAUUGUGUGAUGUUGUGCGAGUGACUCUAAUAGAACAACUGACACAUGCGAAGGCACGAGGAAUGGAUGGCUUUCAGUUUGAGUUCUGUUUUCAUGGUGCUGCUGCUGAAGCUCCAGACGAAUAUGAUCCAAACCGACUGGCUUCAUUGGAUGAAUAUCCAUUGUGUGAUGUUGUGCGAGUGACUCUAAUAGAACAACUGACACAUGCGAAGGCACGAGGAAUGGAUGGCUUUCAGUUUGAGUUCUGUUUUCAUGGUGCUGCUGCUGAAGCUCCAGACGAAUAUGAUCCAAACCGACUGGCUUCAUUGGAUGAAUAUCCACAAGAUGAUAUUCUGCUGGACAAAGAGCAUGAAAACAUUGAUCCUCCUGCUAAACUUGAUUUGUGGUUUUAUGACACGUCUACUAGUCAUACUGUUGAAGUUGCUGCUGACAGUGUUUAUAAUCCAGAUGUGAUUCUGUCUGCUGUAUUACAGCAGGGUCAUGAUCGUUGGCUCUCUAUUGGUUUGAAGUUGGCAUUUACAAUGAGCAAAGUCAACGAGAAUACAAAUGUUUUCUCUCUUGGUGCUGACAAGUUGAAGGCUUUGUUUGAAGCAAGAGCACAAGAAGUAGGACGAGAUGAAGCAGCCAAACAACUUCUAGCAGCAUGUCAUUGUAUUCCCCAGCCAAUCAUUAUGGCAGUAAAGGAUCAACUGGCAGUUUCAGGUGUUUCAGUAGCACGUCAUCCAAAAUCUGUUUCUGCAGAAAUGCAAAAGAGGGCUGACUGCAAAUUGAGUGAAAGACGUCUGGUUGAUGUAGCUCGUGAGAUUUCUGGUUAUUGGAAGGAAUUUGCAGCACUUCUUGCUCCAAACAUGUUUACCUCAUUAACAGUCAGUGUAAUAGAACAGCAAUACAGAUUUUCAUUGUUUGGGCAAGCUCAUCGAAUGCUGGGUGAUUGGACCGAUGAUCUAGACAGAGGAGCUACAUGUCGUUUAAUUAUUAAAACAUUCGUGAGAAUGGACAAGAAUUCUCAAGCAAACUCCUUAUUUGGUGCAGACUUGGUAGAUUAUGUAAACGGUCAUGCAGUAGACAACGUGUGCCUGCCAAGACAUCAAAGUGUUUUUUGAUUUGAAGCUUGUCGCUACAGAAGUUUAUACAGUAUAGUUACCGCAUGCACGUCUUGAAUAAAGAUAUCAAACUUGUAAUUGAGCUGUGAUGACAUUAUAACUCAAAUGUGAUCAUGACACAAC